AUGCCCUUUUUCGAGUUGGGGUCCUUGACUUGGAGAGGGAUUGCCUGUGGGUCGAAGCUGGCCCGUUGGCUGGCUUCCAGCACAGUGCAGUCGGGGAUCAUUCGUGACCCCUACCGUUGGUGGACAGUGACUCUUGAGUCACUGUCGCACAACGGCACGUCCUUUUCCGAGUUAGGUAUACUCGUCUCGGAGAGGGAUUGCCUGUGGUUCGAAGCUGGCGGUUGGCUAGCCUCCAGCACAGUGCAGUCCGAGCCCCGAAUGAUUGUCCAGCCUGCACACGAGGAGGGCUUGGUUUACUCCUGGGCUCCUGCUAUCAGUGAGGGAUCCUUGUUGUUUCGAGGAGGACCCCUCUCUUGGCUGUUGGUCGGUGAUUUUUUACUUCGUUUGCGGGUGCUUACAUCCUCGCAUCAAAAAGUGUUGUAUCCGAGAGUUGGGAGACAAUGUAUGUACAAAUUAUGCAAAUCAGAUCGAAUGUCAAGAUGUUGUGAUCGUGAAUGCACGAGUGAAGCAAGCUGUUUUGGCGGUCACGGACAUGCGUCAGGGUGUAACGUCGUAGGGGCGCCGACGGAAAAACGGGCGACACGUUAUGCCACCACAUUGUCUUCUUUUGCGAGACCAGACCGUUCUGCGAGUGAUAUGGAGCUCAACAAACUUCGAAUUCGUUUACUCGCGUCUCGAAGGAUCUGA